UACCGCACGUUCGCCUCAUACGUUUUCCCGGAUUCCACGUUAUACCUCUGCGUUCCCGUGAAAAAAAGAAGAAAGAACUCUUCUGAGAGGUUAAAUUAGUACGAUUAGGGCGUGUUUAUAUUUGGCAAGGAUGGUAAGCCAGUCAACAUCAAACAAGUCACAUCGUCGUCAUCAGAUCACGCAGUGGCUUCUUAUGGGUAUUGUGGGCCGAUUAGUGGCGGGUCGUACCCAUAAUCGUGCGUAUAGGUUGCAUCAGUCAAUUGCAACCGAAAAAGGGGCGUGCGCGCUGGAAGUAUUAUGUGGAAGAAAAUGCUGUAGUACCCAAUCCAGUCUAUUUUACAGCGUGAUCACGCGCGUGGCACGCAUGCUUCCUCAGAGACAUUUGCACCGGUGUCCUGCAUUUCGUAAAGGUGCAUUACUGUUCCAUAAAUAUCAUGUGUGCUUCAUACGUCGGCUGUGCUGUGAAACAUGCUUAGAAAAAAAAAAAAAUUCCUUCCGACACCGGGAAUCGAACCCGGGCCUCCUGGGUGAGAGCCAGGUAUCCUAACCACUAGACCAUGCCGGAGAUGUUGCAUUGCGUAUUGUAAAACUAUUAUAUACUAUAUAAAAUAAAAUGUAGGUUUCUAUGUUAUGCAUUGUUACGUUCUAUUGAGUCAGUGAAUAGUGCGCAUUCGGGUACUUAUUUAGUUACUUAUUUUUUAGUACAUUUGCUGUAACUUGUGUACUCUUUUUCAAUCGCAGUGCCUUGCAACAAGCACACUUCUUGUAGUGCGAUUAUUGGCGCGUGCAGUUUAUGUAUUGCAAUUUGUUACUACGGAUGCAAUUAGCCUGAUCAUUGCGAUAAAAUUAUUUCUGGAUUUGUUAGCGUCGUUAACACGUUUGCAGCGAUAGUUUUUUCAAACAGCAUGACCCGAUUUUAGGCUUGGCCACACUGUCGCCGCAAAUCAAACGCAAUCAUGGCGGCAUGUCGUCUGCUGGGCAGAUCUGCUUGCAACAUCAAAAAAACAAGUUUUGUCUUCCAAAAUCAGUUAAACCAUACAGUACGGUCUGCGAGGAGCAUUCAGCGCUCUUCUAGGGACGGCACUGAGGCGUUUGACGACAGCGGCGUUUAUUCACAGACGUCUCUCCUUGAAAAGUAUUUGAGUGCCAAGCAAGCGUGCGAGGCUUUGCCAACGCCGGAAGUGAACCCCUUCGGCGUAUUCGCCAAUAAUGAGCUGGAUAUAUCACAGAUCGAAGUGUAUGGCUUCGAUUAUGAUUACACGUUGGCUGUGUACACAGAAAAGCUUCACUACCUCAUCUAUGACCUUGGCAGAGAUUGGCUCAUCAACAAGUUCAGGUAUCCAAAAGACAUUGCACAACUUGAGUACAGGCCUGGCUUUGCGAUUCGAGGCCUCCAAUAUGACAUGAAAAAGGGCGUGCUUAUGAAGAUGGAUCUCUUUCACCAGAUACAGUUCUGCAGUGUUUACAGAGGCCUUACACCACUCAGCAGUGAAGAAGUAAUCAACACCUAUGGGGGAUCGUACAUUCCCCAGUACAUGAUAAGAGGCAAUGCGGAACAAGGAGCUCGAAUGAAGCAACUCAACGACCUCUUUUCCGUUCCUGAGAUCUGCCUGCUAUCUAACGUGACCGAGUACUUCGAGCGGCACAACAUUGCCUACAACCCAGAGAUUCUCUUCUUUGACAUUCAGAAUGCCAUUUCAAGCAUUCAUCCGGUGAUCCACAACACACUCAAUGAAAGCAACAUUAAGGACUACUUAGAGAAGCGUAGAGAGCUGGUAACUUUCCUAGAGCGUUUGAAAUCAGCUGGCAAGCAGAUGUUCCUGGUGACCAACAGCCCGUUCAAGUUUGUUGAUGUUGGCAUGCGAUACAUGAUUGGUCCUGAAUGGCAAGACCUUUUCGAUGUGGUCAUCGUACAGGCAAGGAAGCCUAAGUUCUUCACCGAUCAGCACAGACCGUUCCGUGUCUAUGACCCGGAAACGAAGAGUCAGCUCUGGGAGCGUGUCACUAAACUGGAGAAGAACAAGGUCUACAUUGAGGGCACAGUCACACAGCUCCAGGCCAUGACUGGCUGGUGCGGCAACAGCGUCCUGUACUUCGGAGAUCAGAUCUACAGUGACCUUGCUGACCUGACGCUCAACUAUGGCUGGAGAACGGGUGCCAUCAUAUGGGAGCUGGCGAACGAGAUUAAGAUCCUGAACUCUGAAGAAUUUAGGCACACUGUCAGUUGGCUUCAGUCUCUGCAGCAUUUAAUUGAAGAAAUGCAGGACCAUGAGGACAUUGAGGACUUCAUUGAACAACUCCUGCAGGAACGAGAUCAGCUCAGGAAAACCACCAAGUCUCUGUUUAACCCCAACUUCGGAAGCAUCUUCCGCACGCAUCACAAUCCGACAUACUUCUCCCGCCGUCUGUUCCGCUACUCAGACAUCUACAUGUCGCAUGUCACCAACCUGCUCAACUACUCGCUGCGACAUACCUUCUACCCGCGUCGUGGAGCACUCCCCCAUGAAUGCCACACCCCACACAGCUAAGUUCCUUGUCAUUGAGCUUCCUUUGGUUGAAUGGUGGAGUGGUAUGCCACUUAGUUCACUAGGCGCUGGCUGCAUUUUUUCUAUACGGCAAAAUUACCAUGCAUAUAGAGCGUGGUUGGCCCUAUGCGGUGAACUGCACUUUACUCUGACAGGCAAAGGGUGCAAGGCCAAAUGAAAUAGCAGAUGAAGCUUCCUGACCUUCAACAUCAAAGUAUUCCAGGGUAUGAAGUAGGUAAUGCAUAAGCUAAGUGGACAAACAUCUGGUUUGAACUUUGAUGGAACAGCAAAACAGAGAAUGUGUAUUUGAUGAGUAAGGAAAUGAGAGAUAUAGCAGAAGCGGAGAGAACAAUGCUCAUGAGGAGGAGUAGUGGAGGCUGAACUGCUUUAGCAUCAUGGCAGAUAAGGAGAAAGAUUUCAGAGAAGUGUUCCUUUAUGGUGUUGUUCAUUGACAUUGCAUUAGGGAGGUGAUGUCCUCGAGUGCGCUUAGUACAUUUCUGAUGAAGAGAGAAUCGUGGGAUGUUAACUUCCUUUAAAAAAUGGCAGUGCUGCUGCCUGUAAUGGCCUUGAUAUGUUAUGUUGUGUAGUUGUGAUGUGAUUGAAAUGCUGAUUGAUGUCGGCUGACUUUUAAUUCAGCUAAUAUUAUGGCUAAACCGCAUUGAAAUAUGUAGUCAGGUUGUUUCCUUAAGGAUAUCACACUAGCCACGAAGACGGUUAGCAUUCCCAGUAACGUCCUUUUUCCUAGCAGUAUAAGCAGGCACAUUUGGGAUUUAAAAUGUCAGAACAAAUCAUGGACACACCAGCAAUGGUUUCACACAAUGAAAAGCUAAUAGCAGCUCUAAAGGAAUUGCAGCGAACUGCUAUGGUUACACAUGUUGGGUGGCAUGCAUUGCUUAGCAAAAUAGACAACAGUGUUGAGACUGGGUGUGUUCCAAAAAGUCGCCUUGGCAUGUUGUGUGUACAAAGCAAGAUGUGAUAGAUAAAGCCAUUUUGAUGUCAUAAUAUCAUUCUUAGAGCACCAUGUCAUACUCUCUUGUUAUGAACUCUGUCACACUAUAGUACCACAUCCGAGUUCAUUUUUUAAAGAAUCCUUUUAAGCUCAGAACAGAUAUCUCACACCCAUAGUACAUGUUUAGUGUGUCACUUUUUUGGGUGAUUACCAAUGGCCAGGAGGCAGUGUCAAAAACAGUUAGUCUGCUUGAGAGAAUUGCAGUGUUGGCAGGACUUGCGUGAUUCUACUUUUUAUUGUUCGUAAUAUCAUUGCUCUUGCAAGGUCACCUAUUGCAUUACUAAAUUAGUCAGCAAAGUUAAAAUUAAGGAGAGAGAAAGAGACAUUUUUUGGUUCUUGCAGCUGCCCCAGAAUGAUUUGAACUCUGCGUCAUUGCUUUUAUUUUUUUUUUUCUCAAUUUUGACAAAUGCUCAUUUUAAUGCUGUAAUAUUUACCCCUUUCACCAUGCAGGUUAUUGUUUAACUCUGUUAGUAAUACCAUUAUCUGAUGGGUGUCAUUAGCAACGUAUGAAGCAACUGAAUGCUGCAGAUAUCAUUUAGACACGUUGAUCACUUUUUCCCCUUGUCUGACCAUUUAUUGCACUAACAUCAUGGCAUGUGCAUCUUUAAUUGUGCAUUUGGGUCUUGUUGAAGAGGAACAAACUCAGGUAUUGGGAAGGAGUCAACCACUCAAGGGAGAUUAUCACUCCAGUGACAGUCCUGCUUGUUUAUGUACUUACUAUUUAACACUUAUUUGGCAAUGGAAUGUGUGCAAUGGAAUAUGUGUGCAUUGGUUGUGCGUCUGCCUUUAUCUAAUGAUGCGUGACUGCUUAACUGGAAGUUCUGUGGAAUUCUAAUUUGAGACUCAUUUCCCUCUUUACUGUUAGGCUGCUUCUGGUUUUUAACAGCACUACAAGAGCUAUAUGUAACUCACGUAUGUAAUAAUUUAAGAUCCAACCUCCUGUGUUACGAGAUAUAGCGAGCUACUGAGCAGUCAUAUAUUACGAGUUGCUAUUCUUUCUGUUAGCAUUUCACCUUUUUGGUGUGUAUAUUAGCACGGUGAAAAACUAUUCCAAGCAUAGUUUACUGUAGAAAUCAGUCUUAUUCACCUGAGAUGAAGCCUCUGCUAUUAGCAGUGUGGUUCCCUGAGGAUUUCUUGAUUGUGGGACAGCAUCAAAAAACACUGUUCCUUUGCACUCAGCGCACCAGCCGGUACAGCAUUUUACUAGCUAUGGCAGUUGAAUAGUAAGAGUUUGUUCUGGUAGCUGCCAACACAAACAGCUUAUUUUCCACAAGCUCGAGCAAUUGCCUUACCACCUCCUUCUGUGUUUGUUCUCCUGCUUGAAUCCUCGCGCAAGAUAUUUUGUUUAAAUGCUUCUGCCAGUCCUAAAUAGAGGCUGAUUGUCAACCAUACUAAUAAAAGUAAAGAGCUUAAUGGCCACACUAUUGUUACCAGCUCAUGUUUUAUAAACACCUCAGCAGUGUUGGCAGGGGCUGGUGAAUUGAUGUGAGAAAAAUGCAGCCAGCGAAGGGGAAUUGAGUACAGCCGGUGAAUGAUUGCGCGGUCAGUGAACUUGUGCUGUGCACUGGUAAUGGAAGAAAAAAGUUGUUCGAGAGUGUGUGUGUGUGUGUGUGUGUCAAAUGACACAUAAACGUGCAGCUUACAGAAGCAUUAGAAAUGUUUUUUCUCUUUGUCAGUGUAAGAAAAAGUGGUUUUGUGUUGUGGAAUGAAAAGAAGUGUCGUUCAGUGCAUAUUAGCUGUAGUUUUUUGUUGUGGUUAAUGAAGUGUGGUUGCCAACUUUUACAAUACUAAAAGUCAAUUGUACUGUUGCUGUCGCCUUGAAGUUAUAUACAUAUAUAUAUUUUUUUCUGUGUAUUUUUAUUAGCCUAUACUUUACAAUGCAUGCAUAUUUGUAUAGUUUUCUGCAAGUCUUCUUGUGGUUGUGUAUAGCGAAUUUUCGCAAGGACAUUUCUACAUCUGUAAUCUCAUUGAGUUAUACGCAUCCGUUCAUGAAACUGCACUGGAGUAUUUCUUUUUUUACUUUGACACAGCCUUUCCUUCAUAAAUUAAGCAGUCUUUCAUCAUUGAAAGAAUAGCAACAGGUUGCUUUGCUCUAUGCUAUUGAGUGCUGAGUUAUUUUAACAAAUAUUUCUGGAGCCACAUUGUGUUUAAGUAUGAUCAGUCAUUGAUGUUCAUAAAUGUGUAAUGAUUGAUACAAUGUUGCUGCACUUAUUUGAAUUGUUUAGCGAUUUGUGCUUGUCUUUACACAUUGUUUUGCCCUUUUGAUCCGCUUUUGGCAUUGGGGGCGCAAGUUUUGCUUUCCUUUUUCUAGUUGUCUUUACAGCAGAGUUUGUAUGGCUGUGUAAGCUAAUGAAUUGUUGCACUAGAAUCAAGUGGUGCUGUCAAGAGCCUGGCAUAAGAAGGAAAAGCACACACAGCUGGAGCAGGUGCGUUUGUAUAUCUUACGUGUUGUGGCACAUGCAGUGUUUCAUUCUAUGGCCUGUUCCUACGAACUGCUGUUGCUGCGAGCUGAUCGACUUCUGCCGAGUGUUUAGAUAUGCAAAUGCUGGAGGGCUUUCACUGUACAGAUUGUUCAAUUCUGUAUCUGUUGAAAUUAGUGUUUCCGGUGUGUGUUCUUGUCUAUUGCCUUCUGCAGGAUAACAAAUAUCAGUCCAUUAGGAACUCGUCAGUCCUGCACAAGUAUUUUCGUCGUAUUGGUGUGCACUUUGUGCAGCAUGAUUGAUCUGUCAGCUCACAUAACACAGUAUUUGUAGCUCAAAAGUUGACGUAUUCUAGUUGGCUUAGGUCACUUUUCAGGACUUUUUCCAUUAGUUAGGAUAAGGCAUAGUGCCAUAGAGGACAGCCAAAUCUGAUGCACGAGGGAUUCAGUGUUCUUUGCACAAGUAAAUCGGUCAUUGUACUGCUGCCCUUUAUGCAAGUUCGCUUAACUAUCUUGAAGAAGGAUCGUGUAUCAUUUGGCCGCAUUCUGGUGCAGUUAAGACGAGCACUUCAGUCAACAUUGUAAGCAUGUGCGUAAUGAACAAUGUGUGCCCGUUGCCGUCUGUUUUAUUCGUUAGAAUCACUGUUGCCUGCUACUCAUUUCCUGGAGUUUACUGACACGUCUUUUGAUCAUGCUGUGUUUAUUCAUUGCAAACUUUGUUAGCUUUUUUUGUCUACGAGAGUGAAAAAUUACUGUUCAAUGAAAUAAAAUCUGUAAUCUACGAACAAGAGAAUGCACAUAUUCUUAUGUACAUAUUGUGACAUUGAGCUUAGCUUUUCAUGCUUGCUUCCUCUAUGUAUAUACAUAUGGAGUAUGUGGAAAUACAAGAAAUUUUCUGAGGUAUAA